GUGUCUAAUUGUGCUUCAUCGAUCAAUCGAUCGCCUUCUUCCUGAGCUCAGGUCGCCUGCUACUCUAUCUUAUUUAAGUGAGGUCAAGGUGUAUAGAUCGAACACUCAAGACAUCAACAACAAAACCAUAUAUACAUUGGUCAUACUUGGUAACGAGGGAGAGUAAACUACCUUGCUAGGUAGCCGGUGUCCAUGGAGGUGAAGGUGGUGAGCUCCAAGAUCGUGAAGCCGCGGUACGCCGACGGCGAGCUGCGGCCGGACACGACCGAGCACGUGCCGUCCUCGGUGUUCGACAAGAUCACGUACCACAUCCAGAUGGCCAUCAUCUACGCCUUCCAGGCGCCGGCGCCCUCCACGGAAGACAUCGAGCGCGGCCUCGCCGAAGUACUGUCCGUGUACCGCCUGUUCGCCGGCCAGGUCCUCGCAGGCCCGGACGGUGCGCCGGGCGUGCUGCUCAACGACCAUGGCGCGCGGCUCGUCGAGGCGCGUGUGGACGGGGCCACACUGGUCGAGUUCGCGCCGCCAAAGCCGUCGCCCGUCGUGCUGCAGCUGCACCCGGACCUCGAGGGCGACGUGCAAGAGGUGGUGCAGGUGCAGCUCACGCGGUUCGCUUGCGGCUCGCUCGCCGUCGGGUUCACGGCGAACCACGCCGUCGCCGAUGGCCACGCCACCAGCGACUUCCUCGUCGCGUGGGGCCGCGCCGCGCGAGGGCUGGACAUCUCCGGCUCGUCGCCGACGCCGCCACCGCACAACCACGCCGACCUCUUCCUGCCGCGCGACCCGCCGCUCGUCCAGUUCGAGCACCGCGGCGUCGAGUACUACCGGCCGACGUCAAACCACCCCAAGCAGGGCGAGGGCGGGCACCACGGCGCCGGCAACGUGCUCAUCCACAAGGCGCACUUCAGCAAGGACUUCAUCGCCGGGCUGCGCGCCAAGGCGUCGGAGGGGCGCGGCCGGCCGUUCAGCCGGUUCGAGACCACGCUCGCGCACCUGUGGCGCACGAUGACGCGCGCGCGUGGACUCAGCCCCGACGAGACCUCCACCAUCCGCAUCUCCGUGGACGGGCGGCGGCGCCUUUCCGCCCCGCCGGGCUACUUCGGCAACCUGGUCCUCUGGGCGUUCCCGCGCACUACGGUGGGGGACCUGCUUAGCCGGCCGCUGAAGCACGCGGCGCAGACGAUCCACGACGCGGUGGCCCGCCUCGACGGCGCAUACUUCCAGUCGCUGGUGGACUUUGCGAGCUCCGGCGCCGUGGAGCGGGAGGGGCUGGAGAAGACGGCGGUGCUGAAGGACGUGCUAUGCCCGGACAUGGAGGUGGACAGCUGGUUGACGUUCCCGUUCUACGAGCUGGACUUCGGCGCCGGCAGCCCGAGCUACUUCAUGCCGUCCUACUUCCCAACGGAGGGGAUGCUCUUCCUGGUGCCGUCCUACCUCGGCGACGGCAGCGUCGACGCCUUCGUCCCCGUCUUCCAGCACAACCUCGAGGCCUUCAAGCAGUGCUGCUACGCCAUGGACUAGAGAUCAGCUAAUCCUCAAGCAGCUAGCUAGCGUGUGGCUACAUAUGAUUAUUGAGUGAUUAAAUUGGCGAUCAUAUUGCCUGCAAUUAGGAGUACAUGCGUGCGUGCAUGCAUGCAACUACUCCCUCCGUUCCUAAAUACAUUUGUUGUUAUUUCACCAAGAAACUACAUACAGAACAAAAUAAAU